GACUGGGCCGGGAAGAGCCGGAGACGGAGGAGGAGGCGGAGGCGGCGGCGGAGGCGGGGCGACUCCGGUGACCGGGAGCGCCGCAGACUGGCAGCUGCGGCGACUCCCCCCUUUGUGUCUGGUCUGCCCGGAGCCGCUGGAAGUGCUUCCCGGAGGGGCGCGGGGUGUCUCGCCGCCUCGCUGCCCACCCCCUCCCCAGCCACCUACAUCCGCCCUCCCGCCGCCCCCCACCCUCGGCCCGCGACGCCCGAGCUCCGCCCGGAGCCUAGAGCUGCGGGAAAGCUAGGAGGCGGCGGCGGCGGCGGCGGCUUCCUCGGGAGGGGGGGGUUGUGAUUCGCUCAGAGGAGCCAUUGACGGGAGAAGACAAGGCUUUCACAGUGGAAUUUACCUCAGGCAAGAUGGAGCGGCAGCAAUAAAAAAGAGAGAGAGGAGCGCACCCGGGAGGGCUAGAAAGGGCAGCCUCCCGGCACCUCCCCUCCGCCCGCUGUCUCGGGGAGCUCGGGGCCCAGCCUGAGGACCCCUUCCCUCCCCCGCUUCCCACCGCCACUCAGCCCUCCCGCCGGGACCUGCCCGACCCUCGUAGGAUUGUUCCGCGAAGGCGUGAAGGCCGUGGGUUUGUCCAUGGAGGCCAGCACCUUUUUCGAUCCAGUCGAGGAAGAGGAUUUGCUUUGCUCGAAAUCGGAGUAAGGGAAGCACCGAAGCGAAACUUAAAAGGAAUCUUGCCCUCCCGGAGCACAGGCGAUGCGCCUCGGGCCGCCGGGCGCCGCCGCCGCCCGCCCGGUUUCGCCCUUCCCGGCAGUCGGGAACUUGUGCUGAUCCUCGGCGCCCCUCGAAUCCCCGCUCCCCACCCCUCGGCACCCUGGAUAUGUUUUCUCCCAGACCUGGAUAUUUUUUUGAUAUCGUGAAACUACGAGGGAAGUAACUGCGGGGCUUUCUUCUUGUCUCCCUGCUUCUCCCCACAGACAUGCCUUCACUUUGGGGGGCCGAGGCACCCUGUCCUGGGCGAAUGAACACCCGCAGCCGCAAGGGAGAGAAAUGAAGGGAAUUUCGGCAGCGGAAUGAAAGCUCUGCAGCUCGGUCCUCUCAUCUGCCAUUUGUCCUUUCAAACUGCAUUGUAAUACGGGCCGGAUAAGUCCGACGAGAGCGAGGACUAGCCUCCCGGCCGCGUUUCUCCGCCCUCGUUCACUUUCCGUAUUUCUUUUCUCUGCUCUCCUGCUUCUUGGCUGGCCCAGGGAUGACUUCGUCGCUGCGGCGGCCCCGGCGGGUGCCCUCGCUGCUGUGGACCGUCCUGCUGGUCAGCGCUGCGGCCGCUUCUCAGAAUCAAGAACGUCUUUGUGCAUUUAAAGAUCCAUAUCAACAAGACCUUGGGAUAGGUGAGAGUCGAAUCUCUCAUGAAAACGGAACAAUAUUAUGCUCAAAAGGUAGCACCUGCUAUGGCCUUUGGGAGAAAUCAAAAGGGGACAUAAAUCUGGUAAAACAAGGUUGUUGGUCUCACAUUGGAGAUCCCCAGGAGUGUCACUACGAAGAAUGUGUAGUAACUACCACUCCACCCUCAAUUCAGAAUGGAACAUACCGUUUCUGCUGUUGUAGCACAGACUUGUGUAAUGUCAACUUUACUGAGAAUUUUCCACCUCCAGACACAACACCACUCAGUCCACCUCAUUCAUUUAACCGAGAUGAGACAAUAAUCAUUGCUUUGGCAUCAGUCUCUGUAUUAGCUGUUUUGAUAGUUGCCUUAUGCUUUGGAUACAGGAUGCUGACAGGAGACCGUAAACAAGGUCUUCACAGUAUGAACAUGAUGGAGGCAGCAGCAUCAGAGCCCUCUCUUGACCUAGAUAAUCUGAAACUGUUGGAGCUGAUUGGCCGGGGUCGAUAUGGAGCCGUAUAUAAAGGUUCCUUAGAUGAACGUCCAGUUGCUGUAAAAGUGUUUUCCUUUGCAAACCGUCAGAAUUUUAUCAAUGAGAAGAACAUUUACAGAGUGCCUUUGAUGGAACAUGACAACAUUGCUCGCUUUAUAGUUGGAGAUGAGAGAGUCACUGCAGAUGGACGCAUGGAGUAUUUGCUUGUAAUGGAGUAUUAUCCCAAUGGAUCUCUAUGCAAGUAUUUAAGUCUCCAUACAAGUGACUGGGUAAGCUCUUGCCGUCUGGCUCAUUCUGUGACUAGAGGACUGGCUUAUCUUCAUACAGAAUUACCACGAGGAGAUCACUAUAAACCUGCAAUUUCCCAUCGAGAUUUAAAUAGCAGAAAUGUUCUGGUGAAAAAUGAUGGAACCUGUGUUAUUAGUGACUUUGGGUUGUCCAUGAAGCUGACUGGAAAUAGACUGGUGCGCCCAGGGGAGGAAGAUAAUGCAGCCAUAAGUGAGGUUGGCACAAUCAGAUAUAUGGCACCAGAAGUUCUAGAAGGAGCUGUGAACCUGAGGGACUGUGAAUCAGCUUUGAAACAAGUAGAUAUGUAUGCACUUGGACUAAUUUAUUGGGAGAUAUUUAUGAGAUGUACAGACCUCUUCCCAGGUGAAUCUGUACCAGAAUACCAGAUGGCUUUUCAGACAGAGGUUGGAAACCAUCCCACUUUUGAAGAUAUGCAGGUUCUGGUGUCUAGGGAAAAACAGAGACCCAAGUUCCCAGAAGCUUGGAAAGAAAAUAGCCUGGCAGUGAGGUCACUCAAGGAGACAAUCGAAGACUGUUGGGACCAGGAUGCAGAGGCUCGGCUUACCGCACAGUGUGCUGAGGAGAGGAUGGCUGAACUUAUGAUGAUAUGGGAAAGAAACAAAUCUGUGAGCCCAACAGUCAAUCCAAUGUCUACUGCUAUGCAGAAUGAGCGCAACCUGUCACACAAUAGGCGUGUGCCAAAGAUUGGCCCUUAUCCAGAUUAUUCUUCUUCCUCAUACAUUGAAGACUCUAUCCAUCACACUGACAGCAUUGUGAAGAAUAUUUCCUCUGAGCAUUCGAUGUCCAGCACUCCUUUGACUAUAGGGGAAAAGAACCGAAACUCGAUUAACUAUGAACGGCAGCAAGCACAAGCUCGAAUCCCCAGCCCUGAAACAAGCGUCACCAGCCUGUCUACCAACACUACAACCACAAACACCACUGGCCUCACUCCAAGCACCGGCAUGACCACUAUAUCUGAGAUGCCAUACCCAGAUGAAACAAAUCUGCAUGCUACAAAUGUUUCACAGACAAUCGGGCCAACCCCUGUCUGCUUACAACUGACAGAAGAAGACUUGGAGACCAACAAGCUGGAUCCAAAAGAAGUUGAUAAAAACCUCAAGGAAAGUUCUGAUGAGAAUCUCAUGGAGCAUUCUCUUAAACAGUUCAGUGGGCCAGACCCCCUGAGCAGUACCAGUUCUAGCUUGCUUUACCCCCUCAUAAAGCUUGCAGUGGAAGUGACUGGGCAGCAGGACUUCACACAGGCUGCAAAUGGCCAAGCAUGUUUAAUUCCUGAUGUCCCACCUGCUCAGAUCUAUCCUCUCCCCAAGCAACAGAACCUUCCUAAGAGACCUACUAGUUUGCCUUUAAACACCAAAAAUUCAACAAAGGAGCCCCGGCUGAAAUUUGGCAGCAAGCACAAAUCAAACUUGAAACAAGUAGAAACUGGAGUUGCCAAGAUGAAUACAAUCAAUGCUGCAGAACCUCAUGUGGUGACGGUCACCAUGAAUGGUGUGGCAGGUAGAAACCACAACGUUAACUCCCAUGCUGCCACUACCCAGUAUGCCAAUGGGGUAGUACCAUCUGGCCAGACAGCCAACACAGUGGCACAUAGAGCCCAGGAAAUGCUGCAGAAUCAGUUCAUCGGUGAGGACACCCGGCUGAAUAUUAAUUCCAGUCCUGAUGAGCAUGAACCUUUACUGAGACGAGAGCAACAGGCUGGCCACGAUGAAGGUGUUCUGGAUCGUCUUGUGGACAGGAGGGAACGGCCACUGGAAGGCGGCCGAACUAAUUCCAAUAACAACAACAGCAAUCCAUGUUCAGAGCAAGAUGUUCUUACACAGGGUGUUCCAAGCACAAUAGCAGACCCUGGACCGUCAAAGCCCAGAAGAGCACAGAGGCCUAAUUCUCUGGAUCUUUCAGCCACAAAUGUCCUUGAUGACAGCAGUUUGCAGUUAGGUGAGUCAACACAAGAUGGCAAGUCAGGAUCUGGUGAAAAGAUCAAGAAACGUGUGAAAACUCCUUAUUCUCUUAAACGGUGGCGCCCGUCCACCUGGGUCAUCUCCACUGAACCACUGGACUGUGAGGUCAACAACAAUGGCAAAGACAGGGCAGUUCAUUCCAAAUCCAGCACCACUGUUUACCUUGCAGAAGGAGGCACUGCCACAACCAUGGUGUCAAAAGAUAUAGGAAUGAACUGUCUGUGAAAUGUUUCCAAGCCUAUGGAGUGAAAUUAUUUUUUGCAUCAUUUAAACAUGCAGAAGACAUUAAAAAAAAACUGCUUUAUUCUCCUGUCAGUACCCCCUCCCACCCCUGCAACAAGGACUUGCUUUAAAUAGAUUUCAGCUAUGCAGAAAAAUUUAGCUUAUGCUUCCAUAUUUUUUAAUUUUUUUUUUUAAGUUUUGCACUUUUGUUUAGUCUCGCUAAAGUUAUAUUUGUCUGUUAUGACCACAGAAUUAUAUGUGUGUGUAUCAAAAGUGGUCUCAAAAUAUUUUUUUAAGAAAAAAAAGCAAAAACAAUGUAUUGCUGAUAAUCAGUUUGGACCAGUUUCUAAAGGUCAUUAAAUCAGAAACAAAUUAAGACAGGUUUGACUGCAGUGGUGUCUGGUAUCCAUGUUUUAUUUCUGGGCACAAGCUAGUUUAUAUGUUGAUAUGUUCCUGAACACAUUAUCUGUUGGACUUUCUUUUCUCUUGUGUUUUGUUUGAAUGUGCAAUAGUCUGUAGGCCACAAAUAAGCUUUCUCAUAAGUUCUCUUCCUAACAGAAUACGCAUUCUUCCAUGAUAUGAACAUUUUCCUCCCCCAUCCUCCAUACUUUUAGCAGGUCAGUUCUUUGACAGUGAAUUUUUGCACAAGAGAAAGCAGCUACCUGAUUUCUUGCUUUCUCUCUCCUUAUGGAGAAUGCAAAAACAUUGUCUCAAAGGGCUCUAAAGAAGGAACUACCAAAACCUAAUUUGAAAUGCCAUUUCUUUUAUCCUUCCAAAUCCUAAACAUUUCCUUCCAGGCAUUUUAAUGAACAUAUUUGGUUCUGGUUUUGGAAGUUCAUAAGAGCAUAGAACAAU